AGGCGGGAAGGCGCGGCCGCCCAGCGCCCUGCGUUGCAGCCUCCCGCCCGACUGACUCCGCGCGGCCGCCACAGAGCCAGCCACGCCCUCGGCCCUGCGGCCGCCCAGCGCCCAAAGAGCCGGAGCAGAAGAUGCGGCCGUUCGUCCCCGCUCGUCUGCUCCGGCCGCCGUCGCCGGCCGGUGCCGCCUGGCGGGGUCGCCGCGCCUGAAGCCCACGUGCGCCGCCGAGUCCGGUCGCCGCAGCGCAGCGGCUGACAGCAAAGCCUGCCGGGGCCGCCGCCCGCGCUCCUCCAGGAGCAGAGGAUUUUGAUUUCAAAGGAAGGAAGGAAGGAAGGACAACUCCCAGCCUCCCCGUCCCGCCCUCUCCGCUCCGGCGGCCCGGCCGGCCAUGCCCAGGAAGGCGGCGACAGCCCGGCAGCGGGGACUUUUCUGGUAGGCUCGUGGCGAGGGGCGCGGACUGGUAUUCUGCCGUGCCCCGGCUCACGGUCCCAGCGAGCGUGCACAGCGCCCCGAAGAAGAGCUUGUCGCGGGCUUGGGCCCGCCCCGAGACACCCGGCCGCCGCCGCCACCCCGAUCCCUGUGCCCGCCGCGGUGGGUGGCAUGAUGGUGCGCGGAAGGCAGCGCGGCCCUGGCCAGCUGAGUCGCGGCGGCGGUGGUAGUGGGCUCCCCAGCGGCAUGCCAGUGCCCCCUGGGCGCGAUGGCUAGCGGCAGCGCCGGGAAACCCACUGGUGAGGCGGCUUCUCCGGCUCCAGGGAGCGCCGUCGGCGGGGCCAGCUCACAGCCGCGGAAGAGGCUGGUGUCGAUCUGUGACCACUGCAAGGGCAAGAUGCAGCUGGUGGCCGACCUGCUGCUGCUGUCUAGCGAGGCGCGGCCGGUGCUCACCGAAGGCCCCGCCUCCCCUGGCGCUGGUGCCGAGUCCUUCGAGCAGUGCCGGGACACCAUCAUCGCGCGCACCAAGGGCCUCUCCAUCCUCACCCACGACGUGCAGAGCCAGCUCAACAUGGGCCGCUUCGGAGAGGCGGGGGACAGUCUCGUGGAACUGGGCGACCUGGUGGUGUCGCUGACCGAGUGCUCUGCACAUGCGGCCUACCUGGCGGCCGUGGCCACGCCGGGCGCUCAACCUGCACAGCCCGGCCUUGUGGACCGCUACCGUGUGACACGCUGCCGCCACGAGGUGGAGCAGGGCUGUGCUGUGCUUCGAGCCACCCCGCUGGCUGACAUGACGCCGCAGCUGCUGCUGGAGGUGUCACAGGGCCUGUCUCGAAACCUCAAGUUCCUGACGGACGCGUGCGCCCUGGCCAGUGACAAGUCACGGGACCGAUUUUCGCGCGAGCAGUUCAAGCUGGGCGUCAAGUGCAUGAGCACCAGUGCAUCGGCGCUGCUGGCAUGCGUGCGCGAGGUGAAGGCGGCACCCAGCGAGCUGGCCCGCAGCCGCUGCGCACUCUUCAGCGGGCCCUUGGUACAGGCCGUGAGCGCUCUAGUGGGCUUUGCCACUGAGCCUCAAUUCCUGGGUCGCGCAGCGGCCGUGAGCGCUGAAGGCAAGGCGGUGCAGACCGCCAUCCUGGGAGGCGCCAUGAGCGUGGUGUCGGCCUGUGUGCUCUUGACCCAGUGCCUCAGGGAUCUGGCGCAGCACCCCGAUGGGGGCGCCAAGAUGUCGGACCACAGGGAGAGGCUGAGGAACUCGGCCUGCGCCGUGUCUGAAGGCUGCACCCUGCUAUCUCAGGCUUUAAGGGAAAGGUCUUCACCCAGGACUUUACCGCCAGUGAAUUCCAAUUCUGUGAAUUAGCACCCCACCCCACACCCCCCAUACCCAUUGUCCACCCCAGGCUAAAGGAAGACACUUAUUCCUCCCCUCUCCAUUUAUACCAAAGAAAUCAUAGGUGACUCCCCCUCCCCAAUGUUAAAUGCUCAAGAGGAUUUUUCCAGAAGGCAGGGCCAGGCACACAACUUAACAUGUACACAGUGGGCCCAGGUAUCUACCAGCCCACUGUGGAGACUCAGAUACAGAAGAUGGGUAGGUAGCGUGUGGGCUGCAGGAUUACCCCUACACACUCCAACCCCUCAGUUAAUUGGGCAGGAAAGACAUCAUGGGUUCAUUUCUUUCUUCUUUUUAAUUAAAAGAAAGGUUACCUCAGUUUUCACUCCUUAGACAUGGAUGUAGCUACCUUUUUGUAUGUCGUUAUUUUUGUUGAAUUAGAGUAUACUUUGUGUGAUAAGAGUAUGACUUUGCCAUGUGAUUUGCAAGUGGGGGGAAAGCUACUGUGAGUGUGUGUUUUAUUUUUUAAUUUACACUAUAGAGUGAUUUUUUCCCCCAAUGUCAAGUUUUUACCCUGCAUGUACUGGAGUAUUUAUUUCAUCUAUUAAAUUGUUAUGUUUCUCA